UUCUCUAUCUAUCUAUCUAUCCAUUUUUGUCUCGCAUGCGCAAAUUUUUGUCUCGAAUCGCACCGAUCGCGCAUUGCUCUCACACGCCAAAGCAAUAUGGCCGUUUGCACCUGCACGUUUCAUGGUUAAAUACUCGUGGAUCUGCACGAUACGAACGGAAAAUCGCGUCGAUCAAGGCUCCAGGUCGAAUUCAACCGUACCACAAGCUGAUACUUGAUGAAAAUACGUGAUCAAGUGGGCACGAGGCGAAACGAGUGAGAAAGCGGCGCGCGUCAAGUUCACGUUUCAGCGUGCCUAACCUCUAAUAGUAGGCGGCAAGUGUUAGUGUCAUAUCCAGCCUCGACUACCACUCCGGUUAGCGGUCGAGUGUCACACAUCGACGAGGAGGAGAGAUCCCAUCCACGUGCCCGUCGUUCACCCGAGUUCUGCGUGUGUCUCGUUCCGUCGCGCCGAUAACCGAUGUCCGCUGGCAUGUUCCGCACGACGACAGCGAGGCCGUUCAACCUUCGUUACAUCCUCGCGUUCAACAAACCUUACGCGCUUUGUUGGAGGGAAAAUAAACUGAAAUAGUGUUUACCACAGCUGGACACGUGCGCGCGAAUGCGAAUCGGUCCGACACUAGCUUAAGUUUUGUUUUUAUAAAUAGAGAAUAGUCUAGAUCGAAUUGUAUGUAUAUAUUGCUGCACGCAUUGCUACGUCACUCGUUUACAUUUGUUGUUGCAAUUGAUGAAUAUUGUAAACCGUAAGAUACGUAAAUACGAUACGUAACAUAUAUACAUAUAUAUAUAUAUAUAUAUGUGUGUGUGUGUAUAUAUUUGUACAUACUUCGAGCUAUAUUCUUCAUCCUUCAUUGUCCUAUCUGAGUAACGAUGCGCUUUAUCAGUGUUGAAAAGCUUAGCGAGAUACAGACUGACGCCACACGUAUCAGGAACAUAUGUAUCCUGGCGCACGUGGAUCAUGGAAAGACCACCCUGGCGGAUUCUCUCGUUGCGAGCAAUGGCAUCAUAUCCAAUAAACUGGCUGGCAAACUUAGAUACCUGGAUAGUAGACCAGAUGAACAGAUACGUGGGAUCACAAUGAAAUCUAGUUCCAUAACGCUAUAUCAUGUAUACAAUGAAAUGGACCAUGUGAUAAACUUGAUUGACUCUCCAGGGCAUGUGGACUUCUCCUCUGAAGUUUCAACAGCAGUCAGACUGUCGGAUGGAGCUAUCAUCCUAGUUGAUGUAGUGGAAGGUGUAUGUCCCCAGACACGUAGCGCUUUAUCUAUAGCCUAUGUCGAGGGUUUGAAACCUAUUUUAGUACUUAAUAAAGUUGACCGAUUGAUCACGGAAAUGAAAUUGACGCCAUUGGACGCUUACGUACGUUUGACACAAGUCUUGGAACAAGUAAAUGCCAUCAUGGGAGAGUUAUUUGCGAGCGACGUGAUGGAACGUGAAGAACGCGAGGAGACGGUCGCAUCUACGUGGGACAAGGUGAACGAAAGGGAUCUGGCCGAUUGGCAAUCCGUAUUGGAAGAGAUAGAUGAUUCAACUUUAUACUUCUCGCCGGAACAAGGAAACGUUCUUUUCACUAGUGCAAUUGAUGGCUGGGGAUUUGGCAUCAAGGAAUUCGCGAAAAUUUAUUCGAACAAAUUAGGAUUUAGCGAAAAGGUUCUACGUAAAACGUUGUGGGGGGAUUUUUAUAUAAAUAACAAAACGAAGAGGAUCAUGAAGGGGGCUCAGGAAAAGGCUAAGAAGCCACUUUUCGUUCAAUUGAUUUUGGAUAAUAUCUGGGUGUUAUACGAUACUAUAGUGAUACGGAAAGAUAAAGAUAAAUUGCCGAUUAUAGCUGAAAAAUUAAAUAUUAAAUUGACAACGCGUGAUUUGAGGCACACAGAUUCAAAAGCACAGUUGCAAGCCGUUUGCUCACAAUGGCUUCCUCUGGCGCAAAAUUGUCUCGAUAUGGUAUGCGAGAAAGUUCCAGCACCGCAUAAUUUAACUCACGAGAAAAUCGAGCGAUUGAUAAGCGGAAAUAACGACUUCUCUGCUUUACCUCUUGAAACUCAGCAACUGAAAAAAGCAUUCUUAUCGUGCAAUUCAUCGUUGGAAGUGCCGAUUAUCGUAUUCGUAUCGAAAAUGUUUCCAGUGGAGAAGGACAUGCUGCCCGAGAACAGACCGAAGUCGCUAACACCGGAAGAAUUGGCACAAAGAAGAGAAAUUAUUCGACAGAAGCAUGCAGAGCGACUGGAGCAAAAAACUUGUACUGCCAUUGAAGACCACGAAGAUACCAAAGAAGAUAUGCCCGAUACGAUAGUCUCUAAUAACAUAAACCAUGAGGAUGUCACCGAGGAUAAAUCGGACGGCGCAUUAGUAGCCUUCGCCAGAGUGUAUUCGGGAACUAUAAAGAUUGGAGAUGAGGUAUUCGUUUUAGGACCAAAGCAUAAUCCUUCUAUUGCUUUGGAAUGCGAGAAAGCGGGUGAGAAGGUGGAUCCUUCCCACGUGCUGAAGGAUCUGAAGCCCGGCAGACAUAUUACGAAGGUGACUGUAAAUAAAUUGUACAUUCUUAUGGGAAGAGAGCUCGAGGCCGUAAAUAAGGUACCAGCGGGUAAUGUUUUCGGAAUUGGUAGCCUAGAAGAGCACGUUUUGAAAACCGCGACUCUUUCAACGACAAUUGCUUGUCCUUCGUUUACAGAAUUAACUUCUCUCGCAGUUCCUAUAUUGAGAGUAGCCCUGGAACCGAAACAUCCCAACGACUUGCCAAAGCUCAUCAAUGGUUUGAAACUAUUGAAUCAAGCGGAUGCCUGCGCCAUUGUUCACAUACAAGAGACUGGUGAGAUCGUCCUGAGCACCGCAGGUGAAGUUCAUCUGGAGAGAUGCCUGGAGGAUCUCAAGCUGAGAUAUGCCAAAAUCGAUAUUAACGUGUCUGAUCCGAUCGUGCCAUUUCGCGAAACCGUAGUGCCACCUCCGAAACUCGACAUGGUGAAUGAGGCGAUCGAGAAGAAGGCGGCGGAAGUCAACCUUGAAGUCUGGACGUCAAAUCGGCAGUGUCGUUUUGAGAUAGACACGAAACCUCUUCCGGAAAACAUAACAAAAUUAUUAGAGAAAAAUGCAAAUCUGAUAAAGUUGUUGGAUAGUUACUGCGACAGAUGCACAAAGGAGAAUGGAGAGCACGAGGCUAUUGCUAGCGAGAAUCAACUCAACGAGAGAUCCAUGUCUGAUAAGAAGCAGAAGGAAGCAAAAGUAUUCAAGAACGAAUUGGAGACAGCUUUUCUCGAAGCGGGGUGGAAGGAUAAUGUAAUGGAUAAAAUAUGGUCAUUUGGUCCACGAAAAUGCGGACCCAAUAUCUUACUAAACGAGACUGAUUACACGCAAAAGAAAUUCUGGGAGCAGCAAAACACGAAUGUCGAUUCCCGAGCAUCAAAGAAUGAUAUAAGAUGUACGAAACGUUGCAGCGAUUCCGGUGGCCAGAGCCAGGGACAUUUGGGCGGUCAAUUAAUGUCAGCGUGUAAAGAAGCUUGUCGACGGAUUUUCAGCCUGCGAUACCCCCGACUGAUGACGGCGAUGUACAGCUGUAGCGUUUUAGUCAACUCUGACGUUCUCGGGAGAUUGUAUGCUGUGUUCGGUAAAAGACAAGGCCGGAUCGUAUCUACGGAAAGUGCUUAUGGCUUCGGUGGACAAUUCAGAGUAUUGGCCACUCUACCGGUUCUAGAGAGCUUCCAUCUCGCAAGAGAAUUACGGACGCAAACGUCCGGAUUGGCUAGUCCGCAACUAGUUUUUAGUCAUUGGGAGGUAAUCGAACAGGAUCCUUACUGGGUACCAUCCACGGAGGAAGAAUACCUCCAUUUUGGUGAAAAGGCGGACAGCGAUAAUCGAGCUAAAUGCUACAUGGAUGCGGUUCGUCGAAGGAAAGGUCUUCCUGUGGACUCCCAAUUAGUUACGCAUGCUGAAAAACAACGGACUCUUUCGAAAAACAAGUGAUGCGAAAAUUCUUGUUAAUGCGAAUCCUUUCAAAAUCGCGCGUAUAUCGAGUUUCAUCUUUGUAGUAGAAACUCAAUAAUCUUACGUCCAUUAAGUCUAUGAAAUCAAUGCAAACAUUGAAGAACAUUUGUUCCUUCCUGCAUUAUGUUAUGAAACAAGAUUAAAUAUACACUGAUCAAUAUUUAAUUUUGUUAAUGAAUUAGAUUAAAUAUUAAAUUGAAUGUCUUCUUUACCUGAUCAUUUCAAGUAGGUUUUUUUUUAUUUUUUCGACAUUUUUAAAUAUGUUACAACAUAUAUUUACGAUAUAUUUUGUA